CUCUCCGCCCUCUGGGGCCCAGGAGAGCUGGUGUUUGGCUGCUGCUGCAGCCUCGGAAAGAUGCCCUUUCAGGAACUCAGCUCUUCUGCUAAAGUCUCCCUCUUUGCUGAGACCAUCCUUCACUGAAAGCAUUGCAGCAUAUUUUAAAAGCUCUCUCUGUCUGGAAAUUCUCCAGACAGCUUCUUACCUACCGCUGUUAUCAUCCUCCUCUCCCCCUCCCUUAUUAAAGCUUCCCAAGCAGAUCUGUAUCAUUAAUAUUUCAGUAUCAGCUGCACACGGGCAUUGGCUACACUGCAGCACACUUCAUCAAUAAGAGCCAGCGAGGGCUGUGAGCUCUGCCACGCUGCCUUCAUCCAGCACAGGAGGAAGAGCAAAGGCAGAGCCUGCCAGAGAAGCUCAGUAUCUGCCGAGGGUAAAGCUGCAUCUCGCAGUCCCAGCCUUGAGGUGCUCUUUGCUGCUUUUGCUCCCUCAUUCAGACCAUCCCAGAUAAUACCCUAACAAGCAACAAGAAUGGAUGUCUUUAAGAAAGGUUUCUCCAUUGCUAAAGAAGGUGUGGUGGCUGCUGCAGAAAAGACCAAGCAGGGAGUGACAGAGGCUGCAGAGAAGACCAAAGAAGGGGUAAUGUACGUAGGCACCAAGACCAAGGAGGGUGUAGUGCAAAGUGUGACCUCAGUUGCUGAGAAGACGAAAGAGCAGGCCAACAUGGUGGGAGAAGCUGUAGUAGCCAGCGUGAACACAGUGGCAAACAAAACUGUAGAAGGAGCAGAGAACAUCGUGGCCACUACAGGAGUUGUAAAAAAGGAGGAGCUGGCAGCGCCGCAGCCGCCCGAGCAGCCCAGGCUGGAGGGAGAGGGGGCCCCGGCAAGCACUGGCGGAGAGGGUGAAAUUGAAGGUGAUCCAUCAAGUUAGGGAAUUCUUGCUCAAAAGAGAUCAUUCCAAGAGCAUACAUGGAACUAUUAGCUGACACCACAACAGGAAAAUCUCACUGUCCAUAGGCUAACUAUGUUCAGCUCUGUAGUCUUGCACUUGCCUCAUAAACCAGUCGUACAAUACAUGUAAGCCAGACUCCUCUAAUUGUAAGUAAUGUGCAGGUGUGUACUGGGCCAUGUGUCCCAACCUCCCAAGCCUCCCAGUUGCUUUGUGUAUUUUGGUUGGACUCACGAGUCUGUGUCUUGCAUCCAUAUGCACUGGCACUUGGGAUCUCUAGGCAUUGUGGAAAUAUUUUUUUUUAAACUAAUAAAAAGUGUUUGAACAAGU